AUGAGGAAAACGAGCAUAAGGAAGCCCAAGGAGGGCUCAGGCUAUGAAGAUGAUGAUGAAGAGGCGAUGGAUUUAGGCAAUGACGAGGUCAUCGAAGAGUACGACAAUGACUCCAACGAUGAGGAGUCAGAGGAGGAGGGUGAUCGUGAGGAGGGCUCUGAUGAGGACUUGCCUAAAGAUGAGGGCGACGACAGUGAAGGUGAUGGCGAUCGCGAUGAGAAGCCCAAUGAGGAGGAGCUCGAGGGAGACAACAAUGACGGUGAUGAGGACGAGAAGGGUACUGAGGAGGACCCAGAAGAGAAGCCUAAUAGCCUGCACUGGUCCUAG